AUGGAUUUAAAACAUUUAAUCAGCGAACGUGAAUCUAUUAAAGGUGAAAUCACCAGAAUAACUGAACAAUUAGAAUCAGAAUUAAAUAGUUUAGAUGUCUUUGAUCUGGAAAUUCUACAAGAGGAAAUUAUCAAAAACUUUGAACAGAGUCAAUUAGCUAGAGCAAUCAAAAAAUUAACUAUAUCUGAAAGUAGUUGUAAUGAGUCAGUUAGGGAAAACAGAUUAGAUUCAAACCACAACUCAGGUACUAGAUUACCUGAAAUAAAAAUAAAAAAGUUUUCAGGAAAUCACACUGAAUGGGAAAGUUUUUACAACUUGUUCAAAACUAGUGUUCUCGAAAAUCCGCAACUAAAAUCAGAUGCUGAGAAAUUAUAUUAUUUAAAAAGCUAUUUAGAAAGUGAUGCACUACAUAUUGUAGACGUUUUACAAGUGAACGAUAGAAACUUGCAAGUAGCUAUAAACUUGUUAAGAGAAACUUAUGAAAACAAAACAAAAAUUGUACAUGUAUAUUUCUCCGAAUUAUUGAACAUACCGCAGUUAAGUAAGCACAAUCCUACCGAACUUUCAAAAUUUGCUACUAUCUGUAGGCGUAACUGGACACUCCUACAGAAUCUUGAGCUUGAUCACAAAGUUUUAUUAGAGGCAUUAAUAACUUAUCUUUAUCAACAAAAAUUAGAUUAUGGUUUCAAAAAAGAGUUUGAAAAAUGCAGGAACAGGGAUACCUUACCAACAGUAGAUGAAUUUUUACAAUUUCUUAAAGAGGAAAUUGAAAUACUCGACAAUGCCACUGGUAAAACUAGCCAAUCGCAAACUUCGCAAAACUCAGUUUCGCACAAGAGGUCACAAAGUAAAGUAGCGUUUCAUUCGCAAUCACAACCAAAGUUCAAUAAAAACUCAAACAAUCAAUCAUCUCAUCUUAAGAAUAAUUCGAUUAAACAAAAUCAAAACAUGAACGGAUGCGUUAUGUGUUCAGACACUGCACAUAAAAUUUAUACCUGUGAAACAUUCCUAUCGUUGCCCAUUACUAAGCGUAAUGAAUUUGCCAAAACCAAAACAUUGUGUGUAAACUGCUUAGGCACUAGACACAGUGCUGAAACCUGUCUGUCACAGAAGUCAUGCUCCCAUUGUCAUAAAAGACAUCAUUCUCUUUUACAUUUUCAAAACUCACGCAAUGUAGAACAAAGGCAUUCGUGCAAUAACAAUUUCAAUCCACAUAGUAACUCAGACAAUUCUCGGUCGCUAAAUUCGAAUUUCCAACAAAACCCUCAAACUUUUAAUUUGGAAAGUCCUAUUCAAAUUCAGGACAGGCCGUCCACAUCUCAAAGCAUCCAAGAAAAUCAAGCGCGUCCAAAUUCGUCUAGCCUAUCAGCUCUCUCGAUAAAAAACAACUUAGUGUUGUUAGCAACUGCACAAGCAACAAUUUAUAAUCGACAGAAUCAACCUGUUAAGGUAAGAAUUCUUCUGGAUAAUGGAAGUCAGAAUUCCUUUAUCAGCAAAGAACUUGUACAAAAACUCAACUACACCCCGUAUAAGAAAAUCUUAAACAUUUCAGGUAUAUCUGAAACUAGUACUUUGUCUAACGAAAUGUUGGACAUAGUGCUACACUCAAAUGUUGACCCCUCAAAGAACUUCGAAAUCUCUUGUGCUGUACUCGAAAAAAUUACCACGACUAUUCCGCAAGUGAAAGUGAAUGUAGAUCACAUAACAAUUCCUUCGCGGAUAGUGAACAAAUUAGCUGACAAGACCUUUGCCACACCCGGUAAAAUAGAUCUGUUAAUAGGAGCAGAUGUUUAUUAUGAAUUGUUAACUUAUGGUCUCAUCAAACUAGGUGACGGCCUACCUACUCUCUUUAAUACCCAUUUGGGUUACGUUAUCUCGGGAAGACUGAACUCCCAACAAGAAUCAAAAAACCCACACGCUAUCUCGCAUCAUGUAGCCAGUGAAACCGAAGACCCUAACCCGGACACUGAAUUACAAAACACUCUCUGCAAAUUCUGGGAGAUCGAAGAACUCCCAAACCUAAAAUCUCUAUCAACCGAAGAUGAACUGACAGAAUUCAUCUUCAAAACCACAACUAAAAUUCUCCCGAACGGACAUUUCCAAGUGGAUAUUCCGUUAAAGUCCGUCACAGAACACAAAAAGUUAGGUGACUCCCUCGCAGUUGCCGAAAAGAGAUUUUUCUCUUUAGAAAAACGCUUACAACAAAAUCCCGACCUCUAUUCGGAAUAUAAGAAAUUUAUUCAUGAAUACUUAUCUCUAGGACAUGCGAAAUAUGUACCACUAUCGUCGCAAAAUUCACGUUGCGAAAACAAAUAUUUUAUCCCUCACUUGCCAGUUUAUCGACAAGACCGAGUUACGACUAAGCUGCGAGUCGUAUUUGAUGCUUCUUGUAAAACCAACUCUGGUUAUUCAUUAAACGACAUUUGUCUCAAAGGUUAUCAAACUCAACCCAACCUAUACGACAUAUUGUGUAGGUUCAGAACCUUCAAAUACGCGUUGAUAGUUGAUUUGGAGAAAAUGUUCAGACAAAUUCGAAUAAAUCCCAAAGACCUAUUCCUCCAAAAUAUUUUGUGGAGAGACUCAGCAAAAGAACCAUUAAAAUGCAUUGAAUUACAAACAAUAACUUACGGUAUGAAUUGUAGUCCAUUCCUCUCAACGAGAGUUCUGAAUGAGAUUGCAAGUACCAAUAAACAUCUCCCUCUAGCCUCCGACGCUGUUCUUACGCAGACGUAUGUAGACGACAUUUUAACAGGGUGUGAUUCAACCGAAUCCCUUGAAAAACUCUAUUUGGAACUUAAAUCAAUGCUUGAACCAGCUGGUUUCCACUUGCACAAGUGGGGAUCUAACUCUCAAACCUUUCUAAAAAAGAUAUCGCAGACUCGAAUAACUGAAUUUGACAUAAAUUUAGAUCAAUCUCCGUCUAAAGUCUUAGGCGUAAAAUGGAAUCCCAUAAGUGAUGAGUUCCAAAUAUCGGUACCCACUGAACUCGUCAGUGAGGACAAUAUCACCAAGAGAAAUAUCUUAUCACACAUUUCACAGUGCUACGAUCCUCUGGGGUUUGUAAACCCCGCUAUCGUUAAGGGAAAAAUGCUAAUGCAAAAAAUCUGGAAAUUAAAGUGCAACUGGGAUGAUAAGAUCACCGACAAAGAAAUAAAUAGGAAAUGGCAAGAACUUCUAAGCACCAUCUGCCAAAUCAAGGACUUAAAAAUUCCUCGUCUUAUCUUCAAUAACAAAGAAAUAAGCAAAAUCGAACUUCACUCCUUUUCAGAUGCGAGUACUGAAGCGUACGGCGCAUGUGUCUACAUUAGAACUAUCUACACUGAUAAAACAGUUUCAUGUGUACUGAUAUCAGCAAAAUCACGCGUCGCACCUUUGAAAACUAUCACAAUUCCCAGACUUGAACUCUGUGCAAUGCUAUUAUCCGCGAACCUGACUCAAGGAGUCAAAAACAUUUUGGAACCUAAAGUCCACAUAAACUCAGUUAACUUAUGGACGGACUCUCAAAUUGCACUGUGUUGGUGCAAAAGCCACCCAAGUCGAUGGUCGACAUUCGUAUCAAACAGAGUAGCGAAAAUACAAGCGCUAACAACAAAUUUCCAAUGGCGGCACGUAGGAUCAAGCGAUAAUCCCGCUGACCUGCUGUCGCGUGGAAAAUUCACACCUGAAAUCUACUCCAUGUGGUUUAAUGGACCCAAAUACCUCAAUGAGUUCAGUUCAGGUUUCCCCCAAUACGAGAUUAAUAAGAAUCUCGUCAACGUACCUGAGGAAAGAAAGGUAUCCCUGACAACCAUUUCCGAACAAUGUAACUUUUGGCAAAACACCUUUUCACGCUUUUCUUCAUUUUCCAAAUUACAUCGCACAGUGGCGUACGUCCUACGAUUUACACACAAUUCGAGAAACAAAGAAAGUCAAUUCAAAGGACCUCUGUCAGUCAGGGAACUAAAUUCAUCAUUAAACUUCAUUAUCAAACAAGUUCAAAAUCAGUCCUUUUCAACAGAAAUAGCGGAACUUUCAAAGAAUAAAAACUUAUCAAAUAAACAACUUAUAUCCUUAAAACCAUUUCUAGAUACAUCCGGCUAUCUCCGUGUCGGAGGUAGACUGGAAAACGCUGAAAUAUCCUUUGACCAAAAACACCCUAUCUUAUUACCUUCAAAAAAUCAUAUAACUUCCCUUAUCCUCAAACAACAGCACGUUCGUUUAGGGCAUGCUGGCGGACAAAACGUCUUAUCUAAUGUGCGAUUGCGCUACUGGCCUCUUAAUGGUUCAAGGCAAAUCAAACAAAUAAUUAGAGACUGCAAGGUUUGCUACCGCUUGAAUGCGCAGACAGCUCGACAGAUAAUGGCCGACCUUCCGAAAGAUAGAGUCACAUGCUCGCGUCCUUUUCAAAAGGUUGGUGUCGAUUUUGGAGGCCCUUUCUUCAUAAAAUCCUCUACCUUACGCAAAGCUCCCGUAACAAAAUGUUACAUAGCAAUUUUCGUAUGCAUGGCGACCAAAGCCGUGCAUAUUGAACUAGUAUCCAACCUCACUACGGACGCAUUUAUAGCCGCUUUAAAACGCUUCGGAGCAAGACGGGGCAACCCCACUGUCAUAUACUCAGACAACGCAACAAACUUUCUUGGAGCUAGAAAUCAGUUGAGAGAACUUUAUAAACACUUUCAGAAGAACGAAUUCAGCGAUGCUAUACAAAAUUAUCUGACGCAAAACGAGACACAAUGGAAAUUUAUUCCACCAAAAUCUCCACAUUGGGGAGGAAUUUGGGAGGCUGCUAUUAAAAGCGCCAAGUAUCACAUCGCAAGACUCAUCGGCUUAACAAAACUAACAUUCGAACAAUUCUCAACUAUUCUUAGUCAAAUCGAAGCAAUAUUAAACUCACGGCCUCUGAGUGCCUUAUCCAACGAUCCCUCAGAUUUUCAAUAUCUAACUCCUGGUCAUUUCUUGAUCGGAUCAAGUCUAACAGCCUACCCAGAGAAAGAUUUAACACAUGCACCAGAAAACAGACUUAAAUUUUGGCAGCAAUGUGCGAAAACUCAGCAACUGUUUUGGAAAAGGUGGUCUGUGGACUAUUUGAAUAGACUGCAGAAUAGACCAAAAUGGCUUAAAACUUAUGAGAAUCUACAAACAAAUGAUCUCGUCCUUUUGAAGGAAGAAAACGUUCCACCUCUCUAUUGGCCUAUGGCAAGAGUCAUUGAGGCCAUAAGCGGACCUGACGGAAAAGUCAGGGUCGUACGCCUAAAAACUAAAACAGGCGAAACUACUAGAGCUAUAACUAAACUGUGCCCACUCCCCAAAUAA